UUUAGAUUGUUUGGGCGCGAAUAACUCUGUGCCGGGCUCCCAGAAGGGUUCAGGAGGAAUCAGCGAUUGUUUUAAGCACUGUUAUAACUUCUGUUUAGAUUAAAAUGCCUGGUAAAGCAAGUGCUUCCAAGAAAAAGUCUGAACAGUUACAAAGAAAUCCAAAAAGAAAAAUUGAUGAUGAUGAAAUGAAGUUGUCCGAAAAGAUGAGAAACACAGUGAAAAGAAAUAAAAAUCAUCCAAAGCGGCUGUCUUCUGAAGGACAAACAAAGCAUACUAAUCUAAAACUGGUGAAGAUAGCACCCAACAAGAGGAAAACCUGGCAACCUCUUUCAAAGAGUAGCAGAGAGCAUUUGCAAGCUAUGAUGGAAUCAGCAAUAAUACCAAUUUUAAUUAAGAGUAUUAGAGAACAAGAACAAAUUCAAUAUCAUCUUAACUUCUUGAAGAAAAGAUUGCUACAACUGUGUGAAACCCUAAAAGUCCCUCCCAAAAAGCUGAAAGAUUUAGCUAAUGUGUCAAGUUUACUGAAAAUGGAAAGUGCACAGAACAGAGCUAAUGAAGAAGGUCUGGCAUCGUUGCAGGAAGAAAUACAUAAAAUAGUAGAAACCGUAGAGGUAAUGACUGGGAAUAUUCAGGGCCUAAAGAACAAAAUUCAAAUUCUGGCAAGUGAGGUGGAAGAAGAGGAGGAGAAAGUAAAACAGAUGCUUCAAAUGGAUUGUAGUGGGGUACUUUCUCUUCCAGAACUUUCUCAGAACAGUCUCAGAGCACCUACACUUCAGAAAGAAAUUUUGACACUAAUUCCAAACCAGAAUGCUCUUCUAAAGGACUUGGAUGUUCUUCAUAAUUCAUCCCAGAUGAAAGACAUGUUAACAUUCAUUGAAGAAGCCUAUAAGAAACUGGAUGCCUCUUAAAAGUUAUUUUUUGUUUUUGGGGUUUUU